GAGCCCUCACAAGCUUUCCAGCAGCUCUCUAUGGCAAAGAUAGACAGCUGUUACUUCCUAGUUCUACAAGGCUUUCCCUUAUCCAAACUUGAACAAUUCGGAUGUUUUUAUUGGAUAUGUAGCUACGAAUAAUGGCAAAUUACAAUGUUUUGACUGUCGUUUUGCUGGCCAUAUAUUUGCUGCCUUUAGCUUGUCUAGCUUGUAGCAAGUCGAGAAAGAAACUAGAGUUCGAAACCAAACUGUGCAGUUCCAGUACUGGGGCAAUCUAUGGCUUUCCUGGAAGAAUAUCUGAACACGCUCUGAAGAAUCCUAUGUGCCGACCGCUUUUCUCUUCAGCGUUUGAAACGGAAAGCACAGUCGCAAACUGGUGGUUAGUCCUUGACCAUAAAAACAGGUGGGCGCAUUGUCCCCCAGGUCACUUCUUGCAAGGAUUCAAGUUCACCAAAGGGGAGUCUGGACUAUACGCGUUGGAAGAGGGCAGAUGCACCAAGUCAACCAAGUACUACGCCAGACAUGACGACUGCAAAAUAAAACCCACUCAUCAAACCAGGCGUUGUGACCGUGGAUACUUCCUCGCAGGCAUCUACAAGGGAAACUGCUGUGGCUGGAGCUGCGUUACACAACUGAAAUGCUGCAAACCACCAACUACUUUAUUUAAGGUCGAUUCUGUCGAGACAGCGAAGGAAAAGGUCAUGGUACGAUCAGCUAGAGGACUAGCUGAACUUGCAUGGUAUUUGGGCUACGAAGGGACCAAAGGGUGUUAUGGGGAAAAGGCAGGAGACAAUUUCGAGCAAGAUGGAACCACAUGGAAAGCUAAGAAGUGUCAAGACAAAAAUAAUCCUCAGUUGAAGAUCACCUAUGGGGAUUGGUCGUUGAGCAUGUCGAAUGUGAAAUACUCCAACUCCAAAACAACGGAGUUAAUCCCACAGACAAUAGAUUCUGGUGUUUUAAGGAAUGAUUCUCCUACCCCAGUCACUGAAACCAUUAUAAGACGUGAUGUGAGUAUCCGCAGUGUUAAACACACAGUCACGAGUCACUGGAAAGUGUCUGUCGGUAUUGGAAUGAAGGUGUCCUACUCAGCUCCAUUUAAGGCUGGAGGUAUGGGAGGUGAAUUUAGCUUUAACGUAAAUGCUGAGGGAGGCAGAGAAACUCAGGAUGAGACUGGAAAUAUCCAAGAACGAUCACUUGAGGUGGUACGAGAAAAAGAUCUAUGGCCACACUCAGCCUAUCAAUGGACAGCGCGUAUGUACAAGACUCGGACCACCCAGUAUUAUAGGGCAACUGUACGCGUGGAAUGCACUGCUAAGUUUAACGGGAACCUAAGAAAGGGAGGCGGAAGCGGUGCCCACGAUACUAAUUAUCAUACACGUUACACGGGGCAGAAGGCUUCUAACGUUGAAUAUCAGUUUGGAAAUAAAAACAAGCCGUUUUACGUUGCUGUGAAAGAAGAAAGUGAGCAAUGGUCCAAUCCUUGGAUGUGGGGUGAUGUACUUUAUCGGCGCCCAUUGGUAAAAGAACUGGUGGGAAAUCUGACAGAGAAGAAACAUUACGAGUUUGUUUUAGAGGGGAAAUUUGACGACAUUCAGGGCUACAAGGUCGAAUUGGAGUUUGGUAACCACACGAAACUACCACGUCCCACAUUUGAUGAUUAUGACGACACGACAACGCCUGUGUUUGAUUUUAAUUCAGAUGUUUUGCAAGGAAGAGACAAAGCCAUUGUCGCAGAUGAGGGACCUGAUGACGAAGAAUCUGGAUUCACACCCGUUUAUGAUUAAGGUCUGAACAAUACUUCAGGUUACUUUUCUUUGAAUAUGUUUUGUCCUUGAAAUUUUGUACUGUGUACAAACAGUGGUUUUGACUUUUAAGAGUCCCAUUGGAUUAACUCCCUGUUGUUACCAAAAAUUGUUGAGUACUCAAUUCAUCGUACCUAAUAUGUUCAAAUUGUCACCUGUCAAUUGUGACGAUGACCAUGUUUGUCAGUUAGUGCCCCUCUCAUUGCCACAACAAGCCUCCAUCUUCCCCAGUCUCUGCUUUGAUGUAUUAUUAAUUCAUGAAGUCGAAGACCACUGUCACAUUUUACAUUUUCAAUGUAUGAUUCAGACACCCCCCCCCCCUAUUUCUCAAGGCCUCUUAUUUUCUUUGCAACACAGUUGUCAUUAGGUCUGUUCUGGGUUUUGUUUUUGUUUGCAUGACAAAUGUACUUAUGACUCCUUUUGCUGAUCUCAGAAAGCAUACUCCGUUAAGUAUCAUGUUCUUUCAUGACAUCUUCAUUCGUUAGUUUGACCCAAGGCAGUAUUCUGUAUAACCACUUUCCUAGUGCUUAAACUGGGUUUUUAUCUUCUUUUUUUAAAUCCCUAAGCCUCACUCUUAUACAGAACGACUGGCAUAUCAUAUGUUUCAAAAUUUAGAUUUGGGUUCUUUAGGCCCUCCUUUGUCUUUACAUAAUAUGUUGGUUAUACCCAGUGCCCAUAGGCAUCAUCGGUUCGAUUCGGCUCGGUUUGGUUUGGGAGCUAGUCAGAUUGAGGGCGAAAAGCGACCAUCGUGGCACAAACCAAACGAAGCCGACAGUGACCCUAAAAAAAACCCCCGCGGUUUGCAUUAGAGAACCGAUCCCCCAAUAAUAAAAAUAAUAAUA